AUUGCUAAUUUGGAGAUUAUUAAGUUUCUAAACUUUUCGUAUUAUCUUUAUAACUAUAUAUUAAUUAAACAAUAUUUAGGUUUACGAAUUCGGUUUCUUGAUUAGGUUUGGGAAUCCUAAUGUGUGCGGCCGCGCUAAAUUAUUGUAAUGACACAUGUCAAGUCAAUGUCUUUCUAAUCUAAAGCCUGUAAGAUGCUUUGCUUUGCCUGCCCUCGCCCAGCCUUCAAAAUCAAUCAAUCAAACAGCAAUGAAGUGAAUUUUGGGAAUUUUGCUUUUGUUUGGUUUAUUUAUCGGCUUUUAAACAAUGUUCUGAUUUUACAUUAUUAGUUAAGGGUAUUUAUACAAUACAGACACCCAAAUAUAUCCAAUAUGUCAACUUGCACUUUAAAUCAAUACAUUCAGAUGGUGGAAAGAGUUUUCAGAACUUCUCAAGGGAUUAUGCUAGCUCGUCUACUUUCCUUGAGAGAUGAACAUGUGGGGAACAGACAACUACGUUCUAGUGAUAUAGCAACAAUCGUUGAAGGCAACUGUUUGGCUCCAUUGGAUGAAAUCAUCAUUGCUCAUCUACUUUGUGUAAAAGCACUAUAUUUACAAGACUACAUGGAAGCAUACAGUCAUCAAAGUGCAUGUGUAGGCGCAGUUGUGAGGUUACUCCAAGCUCAGAAGGAGGAGAACUGGAGUCUUCCCCUUAUGUACACAGUUUGUUUGGAUCUUCGGCUGGUUGCACAGAAAGCAGAAUACUGCAAUGCACAGAGUAAUGGGAAAAUAUUGGAAAAAGCUGCAGAAAGUUUACUUGCAUGCUUUAGAGUUUGUGCGGCUGAUAAUAGAUCUUCAGACUAUGAAACAAAAAGACUGGGAAUGUUGACCCUUGUCAACCAACUACUUAAAGUGUAUUUUCGUAUAAAUAAGCUGCAUUUAUGCAAACCUUUGAUAAGGGCCAUAGAUUCAUCUCCAUUUAAAGAUCAGUUCCCAUUAGCUCAACAAAUCACCUAUAGAUAUUUUGUUGGACGCAAAGCUAUGUUUGAUUCAGACUAUCGGUCAGCUGAUGAGUACCUGUCAUUUGCGUUUGAGAACUGCCACAAGAAAUGCAGCAAAAAUAAACAGUUGAUCUUGACUUACUUGGUACCAGUGAAAAUGCUUUUGGGAUUUAUGCCAGCAAAGCAUUUAUUGGAGAAAUAUGAUCUCUUACAAUUUUGGGAUUUAGUGUCUGCUGUCAAAAAAGGUGAUUUGAGAGGCAUUGACCAUGUAAUGGAAGAACAUGAGAGCUUUUUCAUUCGGGCUGGGAUUUAUUUGAUGGUGGAAAAACUAAAAAUAACUGCCUACAGGAAUUUGUUUAGAAAAGUGUAUUUGGCAGAGAAUACACAUCAGAUUGAUAUAGCCAGUUUUCAAGCGGCAUUGCAAAUAAUGGGACAAGAUGAUGUUGAUGCAGAUGAGACUCAGUGUAUUGUUGCCAACCUAAUUUAUGAUGGAAAAAUAAAGGGAUAUAUCUCAUACCAACACAAGAAAGUUGUAGUCAGCAAACAGAAUGCAUUCCCACCUCUCUCUAGUUUGUAUUAAUCUUGAUAUUUAUGGUACUUCAUAAUUUGUAAGUUAAUUUUUUCUAUGAAUAUAGAAAUGAAACAAUGAUGACA